GCGCGUGCGAAUCGUCGCACGCGAACGGACGGAAACAAACAAACGACGCGGCAAGCUCGGGAUGCCCGCCACCGCGGCGGCCGUUCCGCUGGCAGGGCCACGUCGCCGCUCUUUCUCGCUCGGCCGUCGCUGGCCGCAGGCCUGCGACCGGCAGUCGGCUGCUGCGCGAUAGAGAGACGAAGCCAGUAGAAGCCGCGCAGCCAGUCAGUGUGCGUCCCAGCCGCGCGAGCUCGAGAGCCACUGCAGACUCGAGCCAUGACGGCCACGAGAAGGAGGGCCACGCUCACCGUCGCGGCGGGACUUCUGUUGGGCCUUCUAGCCGUGAACUUGCAGGGUGUGCAAGGUGAAGAGCUGGAAAAAGUUCCGUCGGAGGACCAAUGCCGGCCUUACAUUGAAAAAGCUUUGAAGGACUUGGGCACAGGAUCAGAGGAGCAGGUGAGCAGCCCUGACGAUGCGCCCGAGGAAGACGACGCUGCAACGGCUGACGCUCACGAUCGCGGGGCUCAGAUAGACGAAGACGAAUCAGGCGCCGAUGCCAUCGACUUGGAUGACGAAUCGCCGAGCAGCGACAUCGAAGUCGACGAAGUGGACACGGUCGAGGUGACGAGCGUCGAAGAUGAGGGCGAGCAGGGCGAGACAAAUUCAGUCGAAGCGGCCGACUCCAAAGAGGAAGAUGAACGAUCGACAGAGGAGCGCGGCAGCAGCGGCGAAUCACAGGAAGACGAUGCUGCUGAUUUCGCUGAGGGCAAAGCCAACGAAGAAGAUGACGUCGUGAUCGAUCAGUCGAGCGAACAAAAUGAAAAAGACGACGACAAUCAAUCCGAGGAGGCAACGGACGCGGACGGCAACGACAAUGAGCCAUCCAAUUCUACCGAGGAUGAGGGAGCAAUUUCCAAGGAAGAGAGCGACGAGGCGCCAGCUGAACUCGUCAAAGGCGAUGAUGGCGAUGACGUGAGCGACGCUGAAGACGCGAUAUCCGUCGAAUCGGAAGCAGUGGUAGCCGAGAAGGCCACUUCAACAGAGUCGCCAGCAGCUACGAACGACGAAGAGAGCGGCGAACAGCCGCAAGCUGAAGAGUCGGAUAGGCAGGAGGAUGAAAAAUCAGAAGAUACCGCAGACGAAAGUGACAAAGAGGAGCAACAAGGAGAAGAAGAAGGAGCGGAGCGAGACGAAGAAAAGGCAGGGGGUGACGAAGAAGGGGACGAGUCUGCGAGUCCGGAGGAGGAGGAGUUGAUAAUGGAGAUCGAGGUGCCCGAGAUACUGCGACCCAGGGACCACAUAGGGCAGUUGCUCAAGCUCGACGAGGAAAACGAAGACAAGGAGAAAGCCGUGGAGAAGAUUGCAGAUGUAGUUUUGAGGGACCUCAAGAGGCUGUACGACAAUGCGAUCAAACCGCUGGAGACUCUGUACAAGUACCGCGAUUUGAGCAACAGACAUUUUGGAGAUCCGGAAAUUUUCUCGAAACCCUUGGUACUGUUCAUGGGCCCGUGGAGCGGAGGAAAGUCAUCCAUCAUCAACUAUCUGCUGGACAUCGAGUACAAACCGACGUCUCUGAGAACGGGAGCCGAGCCGUCGCCGGCGUACUUCAACAUUCUAAUGCACGGAGAGGAGGAGGAGGUGUUGGACGGCACCCAGCUGGCGGCCGACUGGACGUUCUCCGGACUGCAGAAGUUCGGCCAGGGACUGCUCGACCGCUUGAAAGGCUACAAGCUCAACAGCAAACUGCUGGAGAAGGUGAACAUCGUGGAAAUCCCCGGAAUCCUGGAGAUUCGCAAGCAAGUGCAAAGGCUGUUCCCAUUCAACGACGCUUGCCAGUGGUUCAUCGACCGAGCGGACAUUAUUUUCCUGGUGUACGAUCCUUCCAAAUUGGAUGUCGGGCCCGAGACCGAGGCUAUUCUCGACCAACUCAAGGGCCGCGAGUACCAGACGAGGAUCAUCCUGAACAAAGCCGACCAGGUGAAGCCCGAGGAACUGAUGCGCGUGCAGGGCGCGCUCAUAUGGAACAUCUCGCCGCUGAUGUCCAGCGCCGAGCCACCGGUCAUGUAUUCCACAUCGCUCUGGUCAAUACCCUACGAGGCCGGCGCUCCAACUAGGCUCCUCUACGCCCAAGAGCGAGCUUUCCUCCGCGACCUCCGAUCCGCCAUCGACAAAAGGGUCGAGCAUAAAAUCGCCAGCGCCAGAAGAUUUGCCGUACGAGUGCGCAACCACGCCAAGAUGGUGGACUGCUACUUGACCACCUACUACAACCACAAGAGCUUCUUCGCCAAGAAGAAAGACGUGGCCGAGCGCAUCAUCGAGACUCCUCAGGACUAUCAUAUCUACGAAGGCCUCAGCACUCUCACCAACAUCUCGCGUUACGACCUCCCCGACCCCGACGUCUACCGCGACUUCUUCCGAUUGAACAAUUUGUACGAGUUCCCUCUGCUCAGCUCUACCUGCACCUAUUUCCGCGGCUGCCCGAUCAAUAGGCUCGACGUGGCCAUCGCCUAUGAACUACCCGAGCUUGUUGGUAAAUACAAAAAAUCGGUCGAAGCCGCCCUGCACGUCGACGAAGCAGUUGCUGCCACGGCAACGCCUGCAUCCGCGAUCUCAGCUGCACCAGCUCAAGCACAAGCGCAGAAGGCCAAGAGUGGAGCUUCCAAACUGUCUCUCAGUUGAAAAACAUUAUGCUAACGGAGAGAGAAACGCUAUCUUGCGAAUAUGCCCAUGAUCCGUUCACAUUGAAAUCUCUCAAAACCAAGAUGAUAGUGUUUCGUAGCUCCAAGCUAUCUGAUUCAAAAAAUAAAGCGUCUUGUUUACUGUUUCGGUCAGCUGGUCUGCCGAUUCGAAAAAUCUAGAUGCAUUAAAUAUUAACGAAAAAGUAGUAACAAAUUAUACAAGCAUACGUUUACAGAUUUUUUGCUAUCAAUAAAAAAAAAAAAAAAAACAGGUUAAUAAAAAAAAGUAAAAUUUGAUUCAGUAGGUGUAUAAAAAUACAUUUUCAAAUGCAUGUCAGUGAUUUUAGUCAAGUUACAAUAGACAAUAAACUAGAUUCUUGUGCACAAGCCAAGUUGUAGGAAUAAACCAUUUCAAGUAAUAAAAUUAAUACCAAUAUAUACUUUCAUAAAAUUGUGAAAAUAUGCGAGAACGUGAGAGUAUGUAUGAGUGACAGGAAAAAGCUUUUUGACAUUUCUUCUUUCAAUAAUUAUUGUGCCUUAAUUUAUAAAUUGUGCUCAUGCUAAGAACGACGAUAGGCAGACAAUCAACCAAUUGUAAUUUUAUAAGUACAUAAUUUUCAUUGUCAAGUUUAUACUUUAUGAACUAUAUUUAUGAACACUACUAUCACAGCUGCCUGUUAACAUUUAUUAACCUUUUUCAAACAUAUCAAAUAAUUGUUGCAAAUUAUUUUAAAUGAAACACUAGUUUAGUUUUAUAUAGUUCAUGGAUCAUUUAAAAAUCAAGCAAUAGGCUUUUAAAAAUGCUACAUUAUGUUAAUACAUAAUUCUAACUUCUUGAAAGCUAAGCAAUAAUACUGCCCAUAUCAAUUGAUUAAUUAAUCACGAUAUUUCAUAAAGUUGUAAAUUUUAUGUUUUGAAAAUCUUUACAAAAAUAAUUGCACUAUGUACAGUUAUUCAAAUAUAAGCUUUAAACAAUAAAUAAACUGUAAUUUAAAA